AUGCCUUCUCCUCUCGACGACCAGUCCACAUCGAAGGAGAAGCGCGACGAGAGCGCUCACGACGGGGCUGCGACUCGAGAUCUCCGCGAGCAAGCUCGUCGCGAAGAGAUCACCGAAGCCAACGCUACCAGCUCGCCUCUUCUCCGGUUACCAGCCGAGCUACGCAAUACGAUCUACACCUACGUAUUCGGCGAUAACAAGUGGAUAUUCGCCGACUGGGACCGUAUGAGGGGAAGCAACUCAUUCAAGAAGAGCAAUCUGGGGUUACUCCUUACCUCUCGCCAGCUUCAUGAGGAAACUGCCUUACUUCCAUAUAUGCUUGGAAGGUUUGUCUUUAGAAACACAUUCGGAGGAAUCGAGAUGGGAGACGAUCGAGUGGACGAAUUUCUCGAAGGUAGAUCCGAGGAGCAGCUUGCAGCAAUUGGUAGGUUGGCGGCCAUGCGGUUUGAUAAGAAACGCGGUAGAUACGCAUACACUUCUGGGACAGGAGUAUACUGGGCAAAAACGCUGGGAUUGACUCGGGAAUAG